AUGGCGAUGUUUCAGGGUAACCACGACCAGCGCGGCCAUACUGCCGAAAAGGUGCUCUCAGAAAAAGAAAACAUGAGCAUGACCAGGCUCGCUGGCAAGUCUGCGGCAUACGACGCAGAUCUCUUUGGCUGCAUGUGGCAAAGCUUGAAAUCUCACAGGCCCACGGAUAGGGACGAGAAUAAUCAGAUGGAUCGGCAAUACGGGACAUUCGUCAACUCGGUUGAGCUGAUCCCAGGGGUGACGCCUGGACGAGAUAUCGUCGCCACGCUGCGGCCGAGCGCAACGUCCAGGUCGUGCGUCACAGCUCAACUGAACUGGAGUUGA